CUACAAUGCAUGAACCCCAUUCGCCAAUUCCCUUGGCUCGCCCUCUUUUUCCUAUCGCUUUGCCCGCCCUAUCAGAAACCCGAAAGGCUUUCCCAUUUUUCUCUAAACUGAACCUCGAUUAUUCCUCCUCGUUUGUUUGUUUGUUUGUUUGUUUGUUUAUUAUUAUCUCUUUCCACUUUCCACUUUCCACAAUUUCACUGCGUCUCAAACGGUCAACGUCUUCAAUUGCUUCAGUUUAUGGAGCUGAAAGAAAGUUCUGUAAAUUGUAAGCCUGCCGCCAACUCUUCUCUGUCUUUCUCUUAGCAAUGGCUGCCUCUCUACCUUCAUCAGCAUCAUCAUUAACCUCAACAUUCUCUACUCCAAAGACCCACCUAAAAUUUACUCUCAACCAUGACCGUUCCUCCAUUGUUCCCACCAAACAACAUCCUUUCAAAUCAGGCUUGCACGUAACCUUUCAAGCUUCCCACCAUUUUGGCCCUCUUCUUGUGAAAAGAGCUUCUUCAGAUGGGGUUUUUGACGCAGUUGAGGAGAAUGGGACUCUGCCGUCCUUCGAGGAACGGCCGGUCAAAUUGCUAUUAUUUGUAAUAUUCUGGGCCUCUGUAUCCCUGGCUUGGUUUGCGGCUUCUGGGGAUGCUAAUGCUGCUAGUGAUUCAAUUAGAGCCUCGAGCUUUGGACUGAAGAUUGCGAGUAAGCUUCGGAGUUCAGGCUGGCCUGAUGAGGCCAUUGUUUUUGCACUCGCUACCCUUCCUGUGCUUGAGCUUCGUGGGGCUAUUCCUGUUGGUUAUUGGAUGCAACUCAAACCUGUUCUCCUAACCGUCCUAUCCAUUCUCGGGAACAUGGUUUCUGUGCCUAUCAUCAUACUAUAUUUGAAGAAAUUUGCAUCUUUUCUCGCUGGGAAGAACCGGUCUGCAUCUCGGUUCCUUGACAUGCUAUUUGAGAGUGCCAAAAAGAAAGCUGGUCCUGUGGAAGAGUUCCAAUGGCUUGGUCUGAUGCUGUUUGUGGCUGUGCCUUUCCCUGGAACAGGAGCUUGGACAGGAGCCAUGAUAGCUUCUAUUCUUGAGAUGCCAUUCUGGUCAGGUGUAUCUGCAAAUUUCUGUGGUGUUGUGUUGGCUGGGCUUCUGGUAAAUUUGCUGGUAAAUCUUGGUGUCAAGUAUGCCAUUGUUACUGGAGUUAUCCUCUUCUUUAUUUCCACAUUCAUGUGGAGCAUCCUUCGAAAUCUUAAGAAGUCUUCAAGUUCACCCAAGUGAUAAA